AACUCAGUGUCGAGUCGGCGUCGCUUGAGAGAGGACCUGUUUUGAGGAGAUUUCACAGUGAAAAAAGCCACACAUUCUUGAAUAUCCGGUUGAUUUUUAUCCAUCAUGUCUUUGAGAACGACCACACAUCUCACCAGUAACCUGGGGCACGACCUGAACAACCCCCGCAAAGUAGAGGCCAAGAUGAUCCAGGGGCCAGUCACCCGUCGUGCUUUUGUGGACGUUGGCAACCGUGCCAUUCCUGUGCAAGGGCCCAAGGCUCCCCUCAAGCCUGGGGAGAUCUCCCGUAAUGAGUCCGUGAAACUGCAGAAGCCCAAAGCUGGCCUCUCUGGGCUGCUCGCCAGAUCCGGCAAAGAGAAUGUGAAGCCCCUGAAGGAAGUGGUAGAGCAUGUGGAGCAGAUGGAUGUGGAGGAGGAAGCCAAGGUGGAAGAACUGGCCAUUGCUUUCUCCACCCAGAGACUAGAUGUUGAAGAUAUUGAUUCCCAAGACAGUGAUAAUCCUCAGCUUGUAUCUGAAUAUGUGAAUGAUAUCUACAAGUACUUGCGAGAGCUAGAGGAUGCCAACAAAGUCAAGGCCAGAUACCUAGAAGGCCAAGUAAUUACAGGAAAGAUGAGGGCAAUUUUGAUUGAUUGGCUUGUCCAAGUCCACCUCCGCUUCACCCUGCUUCAAGAGACACUGUAUCUGACUGUUGCUAUCAUUGACAGAUUUCUCCAGACUCAGAGGAAUAUACCACGUAACAAGCUACAGUUAGUUGGUGUGACUGCCAUGUUUAUUGCUAGCAAAUAUGAAGAAAUGUAUUGCCCAGAAAUCGGGGACUUCGCAUACAUCACAGACAAAGCCUACUCAAAGGCAGAGAUUCGUAAAAUGGAGGUGACCAUGCUGAAUGAGCUGGGCUUCAAUGUAUCCUAUCCCCUUCCCUUGCACUUCCUGCGAAGAAACAGCAAAGCUGGCUCUGUUGAUGCUUCUCAACAUACCUUGGCAAAGUACCUGAUGGAACUUUGCUUGCCCGAGUACAGCAUGUGCCAUUACAAAUCGUCAAUGAUUGCUGCAUCUGCUCUCUGCCUUUCACUUAAGUUGUUGGAUGGCAAUAACUGGAGCGAUACAUUGACUUUCUAUUCUCGCUACACUGAACAACAGCUUAUGCCAGUCAUGUGCAAAAUGGCAGCAGUUGUAGUUAAGAGCAGUAGUGCCAAGCAACAGGCUGUAAGACAGAAGUACAAAGCCAGCAAGUUGAUGAAGAUUAGUGAGAUUCCCCAGCUCAAAUCAAAGCUCAUCAACUCGCUCGCAGAGAAGAGUGCGUCUUAUGCAUGAGGUGGCUGCCAUUUAUAAAGUAAAUAUUGUACAUGUUGAAUGAAUGGACUGGUUUUUGUACAUAUUACUUUAAGAUGCCAGUUUGUUUUCUUUUUCAUAAGCUUUCAGAUUUAUAAAAUACUGACUACCAGUAUUUAACUUUUUAUUUUACAAGACUAGUUCUCUGGGUUAGCAUGUACAACCCAGAGUGACUGGUUUUGGCAUCUAUCCAUUUAUCAUGGUCUUCAUUGUAUUAAUAUAAUUUUAGACAGGACAAAAAUGGCUAUUUGAUAAAAGGAACUUGCAAAGAAGUAUAUGCUAUAAUGUCUUGUAAUGUAUAUAUGAUCUGUGAUAAACUUUUAGUUACGUUCUGUAUGUAUACCUAUAUAAUAAACCAGUUUUAUCCAA